CAUACACAUAAAUAAAAAUUCAAAGUUGAUAUAUUUGACCCCAUACAUAAUUUAUAGUAAUAAUCAAAUUUUAAUAUAUGUGAUGAUCCCUUCAACAGCUCCAGCAAGAAUAAUAGUAGCAACUUCAUUAGAAGUUGAUGAUGUAAAAGAUCUUCUUUCUUGGGCAAUUAACAUUCUUUCUCAUCCCAACGACACCAUUAUCGCGCUACAUGUUUUAGUAGGGAAGGAGCCUAAGAAACUCGUACCGAAAUCGAGAGAAUAUAAGCGAUUUCGCCGAGCUAAGUCUUUCGUUCUUUCUGCCAUGGGGGAGUUUGCUAAGACUUGUCAAUGUAAACAGGUACAUUUGGAGGCUAGAGUGAGAUAUAGCUCGAGUGUAGGAAGUGGUUUAAUCGAAGAAGCCAAGAGAACAACGGCAGAAUUUCUAGUUCUUAGAGGCUCAAAACUUGAACAAAAAAGAAGAACAACAGGGGAAAUAACAAAGCAUUGCAUGAAACAUGCACCGAAAGGGUGCUCAGUUAUCUCGAUUGCAAAACUAGAAAAUGCGACAUUUGCUUCAUCGAUCUUAGAAGAGAGAUCAAAAGAAGAAAAGUCCCCAAGAACAGUUUUGGAUGGAGUUGAAGAUGCGGAAGAUGAUAACUCGAGUUUCGAUGAUUCCAGCAGUAGCAUUUCGGAAUUAUCAGUACCACCACCACCACCACCGACAACGACGACGAUGACAACAACAACAACAACAACGACAACAGUGACGACAACCAAGUGUAAGGAGUCGACAUUGAGACGUGUGGCGUCGUUUUUCUUAAAGAACACGUCAAGUGGAAGGAGAAGAAAUAAUAAUGAGAAAUAUAACAUUAAUAUUGAUGGAGUAGAAAAACCUUCUUUAAAAUACUUUAGCUAUCAUGAGAUCUCGCAAGCUACCAACGACUUUCAUCCAGAUAACAUGGUGGGACAAGGUGGAUACUCAGAGGUAUACAGAGGAGAUAUGAAAGAUGGAAACAGCAUAGCAAUCAAAAGAUUAACAAAAGACAACACAAACCAAAACAAAGAGAAGGAGUUUCUUAUAGAAUUGGGCAUUAUUACUCAAGUUUCUCAUCCUAACACGGCUACCUUAAUUGGUUAUUGUAUCGAAAAUGGUCUAUACCUCAUCUUCCCUUUCUCUUCUAAUGGAAAUCUUUUCGAUGCCCUUCAUAAUGGCGAGUCACUAGAAUGGCCGGUGAGGUACAAAAUAGCAUUAGGUAUAGCAAAAGGACUCCAUUACUUACACAAGUGUUGCAAACAUCGGAUCAUACACCGUGACAUCAAAGCUUCUAACGUCCUUCUUGGACCGGAUUAUGAACCACAAAUUACUGACUUUGGACUAGCAAAGUGGGUCCCUAACAAUAAGGGUAGUAACCAACAUGCUUAUUUACCGAUAGAGGGCACAUUUGGAUACUUAGCACCAGAGUAUUUCUUGCAUGGAAUUGUGGAUGAAAAGACGGAUGUUUUUGCAUUUGGUAUUCUACUUCUUGAGAUUGUCACUGGUCGAAGACCUAUUGAUUCUUCUACACAAAGUCUUCUACUAUGGGCUAUGCCAUUAAUGGAGCAUGGGAAAAUCUCCGAGCUAGUUGAUACAAGAUUAGAGGGUAAAUAUGACAUUGUACAAUUACAGAAAAUUGUACUUACAGCUUCUUGUUGUGUGAGACAUUCCUCUACAUGGCGUCCUUCAAUGAAUGAGGUGUUGGAGCUGUUAUCGGAAGAUCAAGAAUCAGAGAUUGCUAGAAAAUGGAGUGUUCAAAAGAGUUCAUCGCAUGAAAUAGAUGACUGUUCUAUGGUUUUUGGCUAUAAUAUUCUCGUCGAUAUGGAUUUUGAAAAAGCAAUUGCGGCUCUUGAAAUUUAGAAGAUUCAAACUAUAAAUUUAUUAUGAGUCUUUUCUCGAUCUUUUAGGAUGGAUGACUUAUUUCUUUAUUAGUUUUUUAUUGUUUUUUCUUCUAAUCGUAUUUAAUUAAUUAGUAUUCCAUAUAAGAUUGUCUAGCUUAAACUUGUGACUUGUAUAUUUAUACAACAAAAU